UUCGCUGUCAUUGAGGAUGCACUUUACUAUUGCAUGGGUUUCUAGUAUAAUUUAUGUUCUACUGAAAAAACACACGGAUUUGUUUAAUGAUUUGGAGGGCAUGGAGGAGAUGUUUAAGGGUUUGUUGCCCUUGAUCAUACAAGUUGUUCAUAUUAAUGGGGUUGUAAUAAAUCGACUAGAGCCUACAGUGGAGGGAUACGAAAUGAUUACUUACGCACGCGGAUUAUACUUUUUGUUCGGUGGAUUUAAUCAUUCUUGUUACCCUAACGCUUUUUUCUAUCAAGAAGGACCGAGACUUGUCGUGAGGGCACUGGGAACCAUAAAAAAGGAAGAGCAAUGUUGUAUUUCUUAUGGAAUUUGUUCUAGAUGUACCUUCAGCACAACCUCCAAACGAAGACGUCAAAUCGAACUCCAGGAACAAUUUUACUUUACUUGCACGUGCCGAGCUUGUAGUGAAAACUGGCCCGAAGAAGACGAAGAAAGCGAUAGCAGAGAAUUCAGCGAAUCCUUUGAUUUAGUAGAGAUGGCUCUGUUAAGAAACGAUCGAAGAGCGCUAGAAGAUCUUGGGACAGCCUUUGCGCGCAAACUGAAAUCCGUGGAAGUAACAGCCCCCACGAGGGGAUUAACAUGCCUAAGGAAGCUGGUCGUAGACUGCUACCAGGUCUACGAAUCUCCUAGAAAUAUUACCAACGAAUAAGUUCGCCUCUACGUUUUUUAAACGGUGAUAUUUUGGUUGCGUAUUAAUGUUUUUUUUCCAUGUUUUUUUUUAUUUUCG